CCACAAUGUUAAUCUAUCUAAGUAAAAAAAUCGCAGUUCCAAACCAACGGAAAGUCCGAAGCAUCGCCUGGAGCCAAGAGCACGGAUUCAUCGCCUGUGGUGCAAGUAACGGUUUACUUAAAGUCCUCAAAUUAGAUUCCUGGGAAGUUAAAUCAACUAAUCUAAAUUUACCCAAAAAUUUAUCAAUGAAUCAAACCCUUGAAGGUCAUAAUGGUGAUGUUAUAUCUGUCGUAUGGAAUGAGAGAUAUGAGAAAUUAACUUCAUCCGAUUCGAAUGGUUUAAUUAUCGUCUGGAUGUUGUAUAAAGGUUCUUGGUACGAGGAAAUGGUCAACAAUCGUAAUCGAUCUGUAGUAAUUGGUAUGUGCUGGUCAUCUGAUGGUCUUAAAAUUUGUAUCGUUUAUGAAGAUGGUGCGAUUAUUGUUGGUUCGGUUGAUGGUAAUAGACUUUGGGGUAAAGAGAUUAAAUCAAUCAAACUAACUAGCGUCCAAUGGUCACCCGAUGGUCGAUUAAUUUUAUUUGGUUCAACCUCGAGUCAAGUUCAUAUUUAUGAUCAGACAGGUAAUUAUGUUGGUAAAGUCCCAUUACCUGGUGUUAAUGGAGCCAAUGGAAGGGCAAUUACUGGUUUUAUUGAUUCGGUUCAGGUUAUUGACAUAAAAUGGUUUAGUAAUGGUAACUUACCAAAUAGUUUAGCAAUCGGAUUAUCCAAUGGUGUAAUUCAGUUGAUGAAAAAUGAAUGUGAUGAUAAUCCAAUUUUAAUCGACACCAAGAUGACAAUUACUUGUUUGUCGUGGAAUCAUUUUGGUACCUAUUUAGCGAUCACUGGGCGUUCAGGGGCAACUGAGGAAUCGUCAACUAAUUGGGUAAAGUUUUACGAUCCAAUUGGUUCUUUGGUUCAAACUCUGAAAGUUCCUGGUAAAGAUAUUGUCUCAUGUGCAUGGGAAAAGGAAGGACUGAGAAUCGCCUUAGGCGUUGAUAAUUACAUUUUCUUUGCCAACAUUAGGCCCGAUUACCUGUGGUCUUAUUUUGCGAACACGGUGAUCGUCGCUUUACCUCGAGAUAUGAAGACAAUUUUGGACACUAAUCGAGUUGCUAAUUCGGGCUCGGGAAUAAGUGAUACGGUCAUUUUUUAUAAUCUAAACUCAAAUUCGAGGCAAAUCAAAAAUAUCAAAAAUCUUAAUUGUCUUGCAUCUUAUGGACAAUAUUGUGUAUUUGCCACUGGAUUUGAUGAUUUAACUUCAUCAUUAUCUACAAAACAAUCAACAACUGCAACACAAUCUUACCAACACUUAACCUCAUCUCCAACAGAGGAUAACCAAUAUUCACCAUCGAUCAAACAAUCAACUUUAAACAAUCAUUUUUCACUGAUUUUAUGUAAUUCAAUUGGGACACCGAUCGAUUCUGUUAACAUCGAUUUACUUGUUAACCAAAUUGCCAUCAAUUCAACUCGUGUUGUCGCUGCUUCAAUCAACUCUUUCGUUGUUUGGUCAUUUAAACCACCAUCCAAAGGUCAAUAUCUAAAUAAUAAUGACCAUCAAAGUGUUAACAAUCAUCAACCAGGAUUAAGUUCAUCAUCUUUAUCUUCAUUGUCGACACCAUGGAGCUACAAUCAAUCAGCUAUUGAUGGUGGAUUAUCAUUGGGAUUUGAUGAUCGAGAUGAAAAUGGAUCAAAUCAGCGAUAUGAUAAAAUUGACACAAUCAACUUGAAUUUUUCUCAUUCAUCUGAUGAUCAAAUCAUUUGUUUAGCUUUAUCAGAACGGGUACUAAUCAUUGCGACUGAGGAAGGGAACAUUUUCUCAUAUCUUAUGCCGGAACUUAGUUUAACUCAAAAGUUUACUAUCGAUUGUAAACCUAAAUCAAUUUAUCUUAAUUGUGAUUCUUCAAAACUUGCAAUUAUCGACACAUUUAGUCUGUUAACUAUCAUCGAUUUGGAGGCGACAACAACGACGAAACCUUCGAUACUUGAGUUCGAGAAGAAAGAUAUUUGGGACUUUUGUUGGUCCAUUGAGAAUUCGGAUGCAUUUGCUAUCACGGAGAAAUCGAAAUUAAUUGUUUACUCUAAUUUAGAACCUGAUGAAUCAAUUACUUCCAAUGGUAAUAUCUGUCAAUUUAAAGAUUUAGUUGUUAAAAUGGUUCUUAUUGAUGGUUUGGUUAUCGAAUCAUGUUCACCAACAUCAUUCCAUCAAUACCAUCAACAGAAUCACGUUGAUGCAUCACAAUACCAAUCAACGUCACAAUCAGAUGGAUAUUUGAUUGAACAUGAGACUAAAUUAUUACGAGAAGCAAAAGAAGUGCUGAAAAAAGUUGGACCAGUUGAGGGAACUUCUUUUAUCGAAGAGCAUUCUCAUCCUCGACUAUGGAGAUUACUAGCUGAAUCGUCUCUCGAACUAUUAGAUUUCAAGAACGCUGAACUUGCUCUGGUUCGUUGUAAAGAUCACAAAGGAAUCCAGUUCGCUAAAAGAGUGUCAAAGUUACCAAAUCAAGAACUGCAACGAGCUGAAGUUUACGCAUUUUUUGGUUCAUUUGACGAAGCGGAAAAAGUUUAUCUCAAUUGUGACCGACAAGAUUUAGCCAUCUCAUUAAGAAAAAUGAUCGGUGAUUGGCCUAAAGUAGUUAAACUAAUUCAGGACGAUUCAAUGGGUCAUAAUGGCAAUGAUAUCGAAAUGAGAGAAGCGUUAAAAAAUCUUGGUGAUCAAUAUUUUGAUUCGCAUCGAUGGUCUGAUGCAGUCGAUUACUAUGAGCAGUGUCAAGAUUGGCACCAACUCUUUAAAUGUUACACGUUAUUGGAAAACUAUGAUGGUCUAAGAAAACUGCUCAACGAUAUUGAAUCACCGACAUUAUUGGAAUCACUUGGAUGGAUAUUCGAGUCAAGUGGCCUUUGUAGCGACGCUGUGAAAGCCUACCAAAAAGCAUCUCGUCUCGAUUCAGCUCUUAAAUGUUGUGUAAAUUUAAAUGAAUGGCGAAUGGCGAUUAGUUUAGCCGAGGAACGACAAAUAACCGAUAUCGAUGCAUUAAUGACCCAAUACGCUAAUCAUUUACUGUCCAAGGAAAGGUACAUCGAUAUCGUUGAACUUUACCGAAAGGCCAAUCGUGUUGACGACGCUUGUGAAAUGCUGUUGAAAAUAAUUGAUAAGAUGAAGAUUAAUUCACCUAAAUUGGGAUUGUCCCCAGUGAUCAGUAUGAAAAAGGUUUACACAUUAAUUGGACUUCUCUAUGAACAAUAUUACACCACGUCAACGAUUAACGAUCGCCGGACUAAUACACUUAAUUCACUAUUAAUUGAUGAUCAUUCAUCAUCUUUCAACAAUCAACAUUGGAGUAAACAUUUCAAUAAGGCCUUUGAUCAACCAUGGAAAGGAGCUGAAGCUUAUCACUUUUAUAUUUACGCUCAGAAGCAAUUGUAUGAUGGUUAUUAUGAUUCGGCCAUGAAAACGAGCCUCAAUUUAAUUGAUUACGAUGAUUAUAUUGACCCGGAAGAUAUUUAUUCGUUGAUUGCCAUCACAAGUAUCGUCAAUUCAAAUUAUUACAUUGCAUCGAAAGCUUUUAUCAAAUUGGAAUCACUUGAAUCAAUUCCAGAAGAAAGGAGAUCAGCUUAUCAAGAUUUCUCGAUUAAUAUAUUCACUUUAAAUCCACCGAAAGAAUCGAAAAAUUUAUCUCGAUCAGAAUGUUCAUAUUGUGAGACUAUGAUUGCUGAUUGGUCGACAAUUUGUCCCUCGUGUAAUGUUAAAUUUCCAAUUUGUGUCGCCUCAGGCAAACCAAUUAUGGAUUCAUCUCAGCAAUGGACUUGCUCAAGGUGUAAACAUAACUGUCUCAAGAUUGAAUUGGUCACAUUCAAUAAUUGUCCACUUUGUCACCAUCCGAUUACAUCAUAAUAGAGAUUAGAAAAUACUAUUAAUUGGACGAUUCAAUUGUUCAUCUCUGAAUGUUAUUAAGAAGUGGAAACAUUUUCUCGUAAUAUUUUUGUCUUGGUUCAAUCGUCAAACACAAUCUAAUUGUAAUUAUACAGAACUGAAU